AUGUAUUACACACUUCAAGAGCUUAUUGUAAACCACCAGAGCGAGCAUGGUUUCAUCAGAGAAGACUGUGUCCUACCGGACUGGUCUCUUCUCCCUGUAGAGCUACUCCACAUCAUCUCCAAGAAUCUGGAUGACUGUUUCGAUGCUCUUCAUGCUCGCUCUGUUUGCGCCCUGUGGCGAUCCAUCUUUCCCUUUCCUUCUCACCUAUCACGCCCAAGUUACAUUCUUCCAACGCUCGAUAACAAAGGCUCGUGGAGCCUCGAAAGGAUCCCUCUGUUCCUCUUUAGACCCCGAGCUCUUGCUGCUUCUGAGUAUUUCUUGGGAGGGAUAAGGCGAGAUGAGGAGCCAGGGGAGGAGGAGGAACUUCCAUCUCCUAUGCAAUGCACAGUGAAAGUGGAGAUUCCAGGAUCAUCUGAUCGGAGGUUGAUGAAUAUGAAAGACUGCCAGAUCCUCCCUCUUGGCCAUCAGUACAGAAUGAUUGGUUGCAAUGCUAGAGAGUACAGAAACGUGGCUGUUCUUCCUCUAAACCAGGAGGGAGGAGGAGGAGAUUUUGUUGUUCUCCUUAACUUCACUAGAGUUAUGUUUGUGUUUAGAAGUGCUGAAAUGAGGUGGAGGCGGUUACAGCCAUUCACAGAUGCUACUUGCGAGGAAUUAUUCACUUUUACAGGCAAGUUUUGUGCAAUCUUUAUCAGCGGAGAGGUUUUCGCUUUCGAUCCUCAUUUCCUGGAACUGACUCCCCUGAAGCCCUUGGAGCUACCGAACUGUGGUUCAAGCAAUGAUCUGGUUCAAUCUGGCGACGAUGAACUUUUCCUUGUUGAGACAAUCAUCCCUCGUAAUGAUUAUGUGUUAGACUUCAAUCGGUUAACGCUAAGAGUGUGUAGGCUAGAUGUGGAGGCUGGUCAAUGGGUGGUGGUCACCGAUAUUGUUGUAGGCACAGGGGGGUAA